CACAACAAUGGUUGUGGCUAGAAGGGAUACAGCUAUGGCCGGAAGCGACGCAAUUUUUUGCGAAAUCUCAUGGCGAAUACAAACAGGAGAAAUGGCGACAGGUUAUCAACGAUUCCCUUCAAAGGGAUGUUUUGAAAGUAGUCUAAAUAUUUUCGAGGAGGACACUAUGACAAAAUUUGUCAUUUCGACAAAAGACAAGGCUUUUGGUGUGGACGACCCCAAACCAGGAUCCAAAAAAAUUAUGUGGGAUCUUCAAUAUGUUCCUUUUGACAGGAUACCCUUCAUGGUGGUGGGAAGGAGGGUCUACUCUUGUCACCAAGGGAUAGACAAGCACAAACAUGAAAAACAGACAAGACAACUACAACUGCUUGAUAACCACUCAGACCAUUGUUAUAAAGAGAGGCGACGUCUUCUUCAAGAUUCGAAGAAACAGGACUGCCCAGACAGAAUAUAUGUGGUUCAUCUAAUCAGAUUCCCUGAUUACAAGAUAACUGAUGACAUUCAUAAACAGAUGAAGGAGAGUGCUGGGUGUCUGAAACGUGCUUUAACAACAAAUCCAUCAGCAGUGAAGUUUAAGGAACAAUAUGUUGCAUGCUUCCCAGGGAUCAAGGAACACAAAAACCAUCCUGUGGUAGGAGAGGUCAGUUGCAGUUCUUUUGAGAAGUCAGCAAUAAUUUAUUUUUAGGACUAAUGGUUAAUUGGAGAUCUGUUUACAUGAAGAAUUACAAUGUCAAAGGGUUACAACCAUUCCAUAAAGGUUACAUGACAUUAUUGAUCACUUUAGGCAGCUGAGGUCUGUGAGCCAGUGGACACUAGGGUGGAAAAGCACAUAGAGAAGUUAGCAUUGGCUGGUGCUAAGAAAGUCAGUGAAGUCAGGAGACAUUUUUCCAUCUUUGUAUCUGAGCUGUUUAAAGGACAGGCUCCCCCUCCACCCACAAGGAGGAGGUUUUACCCCCUUGACAAAGAUAUCAGGAAUAUAAUUAAGGCAACAAAGGACAGCAAAAGGCAGUCAAGCAUUGACCAAGUCAAUCUGCAGGUAAUUUAGAUGUUAGGAGAUAUUUUUAUAGGAUUGAAGCAACAUUGGUUGCAUAUGGCUUUAAUAUGCUUUAAUAUACACUGAAUCAUGUAUGUCACUCACUUCGAAUUAGUUAAAAUAACUAGGUUGUGAACAAUGCUAAUAUCCCAGUGCCUAUAUUAAGACAAGCUUUGUUAUAUGAAUUUAUAGGGGCUGGUAGACAACUGGACAACAUGCAAUGACUGUCUGAUCAAAUACCGAUCCAGUCAGGAAGAUGAUGACAGCAACUCCACUAAGCUGCUUUUCUGCCUGCAGACCACAUGGCAGCAGAGGCUGCUUCAUCUGUAUGGGCAACAGAUGUGCCUCCUUGAUGCUACGUACCGCACCUGUCGGUACUCUGUGCCCCUUUUCUUUCUAUGUGUUCGCACAAACAUUCACUACGCUGUGGUUGGUGUUUUUGUUACACAAACAGAAACAACAGCUGACAUUAGGGAGGACCUUGCUGUGUUUAAGGAGUGGAAUCCUGAUUGGAAGCCAAGCCACUUAUUGGUUGAUUUCAGUGAGGCGGAAAUUGGUGCACUGGAGGCGGAGUUCCAAGGUAAUAAUUAAUCAUUAAAGAAGUACCUAGCUGAUUUUCAACAAGCUUUGUAUCAUUACAGAUGUUGUAGUAUAUGCAAAUGAACAAUGUUAAACUUUCCUUCAUGUUGCCUGCACCCAGAAACUGGCAAUGCAUAUUGUUUUGAGUCUGAGUUUCAAAACAGGCUACUGCCUAUUACACUGUUUCUUCCUAUGCUCGUCGGAUCUUCAUUGUGCAUAAAUUCUUAAAGUUUAAUGUGAUAUGCUAGGCUAUAUUACUAGGACCACGACAGACAAUUGCUGUUGAACAUUUAAUAUCCAGGAAUUCAUAUUAUAGAGACUGCCACUCAUAACCCAUGCCAUGUAACUUGUAAAUUGGCCCAUACAUGGCCCAUCCUAUAGUAGGUUUUAACUUAGUCUUGUUCAUUAUCUGAAUAUGAACUGCACUGUGUAUUUCUAAUGUAAUUCGUAUUGGUAUGUUUGUGUUAACUACAGAGUCCAAAGUUCUCCUGUGUGACUUUCACAGAGAAAAAGCCUGGGUGGAGUGGACCACGAGAAAAGACAAUGUCUGCCAUGAAGAGGUGCUCCCUCUCCUCAGGUCUAUUGCAGACUCACCCACAGAGGAGGAGUUUGCGCAACGUCUCCUUCUGCUCCAACAUACUAAAGCGUGGCAGGAGAAUGAGAAACUGAGGAGGUGG